CGAGCUCAGCGCCGGUCUGAGUGUGUGUGUGUGCGAGAGGGUCCCGGUCGGUAACAGCAGCAGGCAGCAGGUGGAAGGACUUGCAGGCAGGGGCGGCGGCGGGGGCGCAGUCGCGACGAGGUCAAGAUGACGUCGGUAGCGGCAGAGUACGAACACAUGGAGAUCCAGCAGCAGUACAGCGACGGCGUCAACAACCGCUGGGACGCCGACGACUGGGACAACGAGAACAGCUCGGCUCGCUUGUUCGAGCGCUCACGCAUCAAAGCCCUCGCAGAUGAGCGUGAGGCGGUGCAGAAGAAGACCUUCACCAAGUGGGUGAACUCACACCUGUCCAGAGUUUCCUGUCGGAUCACCGACCUCUACAUGGACCUGAGGGACGGACGCAUGCUCAUCAAACUGCUGGAGGUCCUGUCAGGAGAGAGACUGCCCAAACCCACCAAGGGUCGGAUGCGGAUCCACUGUCUGGAGAACGUUGACAAGGCUCUGCAGUUCCUGAAGGAGCAGAGGGUUCACCUGGAGAACAUGGGCUCCCACGACAUCGUAGAUGGAAACCACCGCCUCACUCUGGGGCUCAUCUGGACCAUCAUCCUUCGUUUCCAGAUCCAGGACAUCAGUGUGGAGACAGAAGACAACAAGGAGAAGAAGUCUGCCAAAGAUGCUCUGCUGCUCUGGUGUCAGAUGAAGACAGCCGGAUAUCCAAACGUCAACAUCCACAACUUCAGCACCAGCUGGAGAGACGGGAUGGCCUUCAACGCUCUCAUCCACAAACACAGACCGGACCUGAUCGACUUUGAUAAGCUGAAGAAAUCAAACGCUCACUACAACCUGCAGAAUGCCUUCAACCUGGCCGAGCAACACCUGGGUCUCACCAAGCUGCUGGACCCCGAAGACAUCAGCGUGGACCACCCUGAUGAGAAGUCCAUCAUCACCUACGUGGUGACCUACUACCACUACUUCUCAAAGAUGAAGGCGCUGAAGGUGGAGGGGAAGAGAAUCGGCAAGGUUCUGGACAACGCCAUAGAGACGGAGAAGAUGAUUGAGAAGUACGAGUCUCUGGCGUCAGACCUGCUGGAGUGGAUCGAGCAGACCAUCAUCAUCCUCAACAACAGGAAGUUUGCCAACUCUCUGGUGGGAGUCCAGCAGCAGCUGCAGGCAUUCAACACUUACCGCACCGUGGAGAAACCACCAAAGUUCACAGAGAAGGGAAACCUGGAGGUUCUUCUGUUCACCAUCCAGAGUAAGAUGAGAGCCAACAACCAGAAAGUCUACACUCCCCGAGAGGGCAAACUCAUCUCUGACAUCAACAAGGCAUGGGAGCGCCUGGAGAAGGCGGAGCACGAGCGGGAGCUGGCUCUGAGGACGGAGCUGAUUCGUCAGGAGAAACUGGAGCAGCUCGCCCGACGCUUUGACCGCAAAGCCGCCAUGAGGGAGACGUGGCUGAGUGAGAACCAGAGGCUGGUCUCCCAGGAUAACUUUGGAUUUGACCUCCAGGCUGUCGAAGCUGCUACUAAGAAACAUGAAGCCAUAGAAACGGACAUCGCAGCCUAUGAGGAGCGAGUUCAGGCGGUGGUUGCAGUGGCGAAGGAGCUAGAGGCGGAGAACUACCACGACAUCAAGCGCAUCACGGCCAGGAAGGACAACGUGAUCCGGCUGUGGGAGUACCUGCUAGAGCUGCUGAAGGCCCGAAGGCUGAGACUGGAGCUGACCCUGGGCCUGCAGAGAGUCUUCCAGGAGAUGCUCUACAUCAUGGACUGGAUGGACGAGAUGAAGAUGCUGCUGCUCUCUCAGGAUUAUGGGAAACACCUGCUGGGCGUGGAGGAUCUUCUGCAGAAACACGCUCUGGUGGAGGCCGACAUCAGCAUCCAGGCCGACCGAGUCCGAAACGUCAACAGCAACGCUCAGAAGUUCGCCGAUGACAUGGACGGUUAUAAGCCCUGCGAUCCUCAGAUCAUCAGGGAUCGGGUCGCUCACAUGGACUUCUGCUACCAGGAGUUGAGUCAGCUGGCAGCUGAGCGGCGAGCUCGCCUCGAGGAGUCCCGUCGCCUCUGGAAGUUCUUCUGGGAAAUGGCCGAAGAGGAGGGCUGGAUCCGGGAGAAAGAACAGAUCUUGUCCUCCGAGGAUUGUGGGAAGGAUCUAACGGGAGCGCUGCGACUGCUGAGUCAGCACAAAGCCUUCGAAGACGAGAUGAGCGGGCGAGCCGCCCUCCAGCAGCAGACCAUCAAACAGGGCGAGGAGCUGGUGGCCAACAACCACUUUGGAGCCGACAAGAUUAAAGAACGCAUCCAGGACAUCCAGGAACAGUGGGCAGCUCUGGAGCGUCUCUCUGCCGUCCGUAAAGCUCGCCUGCAGGAGGCCUGCAACCAGCACCAGUUCCAGGCCGAUGCGGACGACAUCGACACGUGGAUGCUGGACGUGCUGCGGAUCGUCUCCAGCGUGGACGUCGGCCACGACGAGUUUUCCACUCAGGCUCUGGUGAAGAAACACAAGGACGUGGCCGAGGAGAUCGGCAGCUACCGACCCGUCAUCGACGCUCUGCACGAACAGUCCCGCACGCUGCCGCCCGAGAAGGCCAACUCUGAGGAGGUUCAGAGCAGGCUGGCGGGCAUCGAGGAGCGUUAUAAGGAGGUGGUGGAGCUGACGCGGCUCAGGAAGCAGGCGCUGCAGGACGCUCUGGCUCUCUACAAGAUGCUGAGUGAAGCCAGCGCCUGCGAGGUCUGGAUCGACGAGAAGGAGCAGUGGCUCAACAGCAUGGAGAUCCCUGAGAAACUGGAGGACCUGGAGGUCGUCCAGCACCGGUUUGAGAGUUUGGAGCCGGAGAUGAACAACCAGGCGUCCCGUGUUGCUGUGGUGAACCAGGUUGCAAGGCAGCUGAUCCACAGCGGACACCCCAGUGAGAAGGAGAUCAAAGCCAAGCAGGACAAACUAAACACCAGAUGGAGUCAGUUCAGAGAUCUGGUGGACCAGAAGAAAGAAAGUCUGAGCUCGGCUCUGGGCGUCCAGAACUACCACCUGGAGUGUAACGAGACCAAGUCCUGGAUCAAAGAGAAGACCAAGGUGAUCGAGUCGACCCAGGAGCUGGGGAACGACCUGGCCGGCGUCAUGGCUCUGCAGAGGAAGCUGACGGGGAUGGAGCGCGACUUGGCCGCCAUCGAAGACAAGCUGGGCGACCUGGGAAAAGAGGCCGACCGUUUGGCUUCAGAACACCCGGAGCAGUCUGAGGCCAUCAAGGGACGACUGGCAGAGAUCACGGGAGUCUGGGACGAGAUGAAGAGACACAUGAAGAACCGAGAGGAGUCCCUGGGCGAGGCCAGCAAGCUGCAGCAAUUCCUGCGCGAACUGGACGACUUCCAGUCGUGGCUUUCGCGGACGCAGACGGCCAUCGCCUCCGAGGACAUGCCCAACACGCUGACCGAGGCCGAGAAGCUGCUGGCCCAGCACGAGGGAAUCAAGAACGAGAUCCACAACUACGAGGAGGACUACCAGAAGAUGCGGGACAUGGGCGAAAUGGUGACGCAGGGCCAGACGGACGCGCAGUACAUGUUCCUGCGACAGCGGCUGCAGGCGCUCGACACCGGCUGGAACGAGCUGCACAAGAUGUGGGAGAACCGGCAGAACCUGCUGUCCCAGUCCCACGCUUACCAGCUGUUCCUCAGGGACACCAAGCAGGCCGAGGCCUUCCUGAACAACCAGGAGUACGUCCUGGCUCACACUGAGAUGCCCACCACUCUGGAGGGGGCCGAGGCCGCCAUCAAGAAGCAGGAGGACUUCAUGACCUCUUUGGACGCCAACGAGGAGAAGAUCAGCAGCGUGGUCGACACCGGCCGGCGCCUGGUAACCGAUGGCAACAUCAAUGCCGAGCGCAUCCAGGAGAAGGUGGACUCAAUCGACCAGAGACACAAGAAGAACCGAGCAGCUGCCAGCGACCUGUUGACGAGGCUGAAGGACAACAGAGACCUGCAGAAGUUCCUGCAGGACUGCCAGGAGCUGUCGCUGUGGAUCAAUGAGAAGAUGCUGACGGCUCAGGACAUGUCGUACGACGAGGCCAGGAACCUCCACAGCAAGUGGCUCAAACACCAGGCCUUCAUGGCCGAGCUGCAGUCCAACAAGGAGUGGCUGGACAAGAUCGACAAGGACGGGCAGGCGCUGAUGGCAGAGAAACCGGAGACAGAGGCCAUGGUUAAAGAAAAGCUUGCGUCCCUGAAGGCGAUGUGGGAGGACCUGGAGUCGACCACCCAGACCAAGGCCAAGUGUCUGUUUGACGCCAACAAGGCCGAGCUGUUCGCCCAGAGCUGCGCCGACCUCGACAAGUGGCUGGCCAGCCUGGAGGGACAGCUGCAGUCCGACGACUACGGCAAAGACCUCACCUCCGUCAACAUCAUGCUCAAGAAACAGCAGAUCCUGGAGAGCCAGGUGGAGGUGCGUCAGAAGGAGGUGGAGGAGCUGCAGAGCCAGUCCCAGGCCCUCAGUCAGGAGGGGAAAGGCUCUGAGGAGGUGGACGGCCAGAGGAUCAGCGUGGAGAGGAAGUUCCAGUUCCUCCAGGCACCGCUGAAGAAGAGACGAGACAACCUCAUGGCCUCUCGAGAGAUCCACCAGUUCAACAGGGACAUGGAGGACGAGAUCCUCUGGGUUGAGGAGAGGAUGCCUCUGGCCACAUCGACCGACCACGGACACAACCUACAGACUGUACAGCUGCUUAUCAAGAAGAACCAGACGCUGCAGAAGGAGAUCCAGGGCCAUCAGCCGCGCUACGACGACAUCUUUGAGCGCAGCCAGCACGUCCUGAGGGAGGACAGCCCGACGGCAGACCUGAUUCGUCAGCGGCUCGCCGAGCUCCAGUCUCUGUGGGUACAGAUCAAGAAGGAGACAGAGAAGCGGCACGACCGCCUCAGCGAGGCCCACAAGGCCCAGCAGUACUACUUCGACGCUGCGGAGGCCGAGGCCUGGAUGAGCGAACAGGAGCUCUACAUGAUGUCAGAGGAGAAGGCCAAGGACGAGCAGAGUUCGGUGGCCAUGCUGAAGAAGCAUCAGAUCCUGGAGCAGGCGGUGGAGGAUUACGCCGACACCGUCCACCAGCUCUCCAGCACCAGCCGGGGCCUGGUGGCCGCCGAACACCCCGACAGUGAGCGUAUCGGGAUGCGUCAGUCUCAGGUGGACAAGCUGUAUGCUGGGCUGAAGGAUUUGUCGGAGGAGCGUCGGGGGAAGCUGGACGAGCGUUUCCGUCUCUUCCAGCUGAACCGGGAGGUGGACGACCUGGAGCAGUGGAUCGCUGAGAGGGAGGUGGUGGCCGGAUCCCACGAGCUGGGACAGGACUACGAACACGUCACCAUGCUGCAGGAGCGCUUCAGGGAGUUUGCCCGUGACACCGGAAACAUCGGCCAGGAGCGCGUCGACACCGUCAACCGUCAGGCGGACGAGCUGAUCAACACCGGCCACGGCGACGCUGCCACCAUUGCAGAGUGGAAGGACGGCCUGAACGAGGCCUGGGCCGACCUGCUGGAGCUCAUCGACACCCGGACGCAGAUCCUCGCCGCCUCCUACGAACUCCACAAGUUCUACCACGACGCCAAGGAGAUCCUCAACCGCAUCCUGGACAAACACAAGAAGCUUCCCGAGGAGCUGGGCCGUGACCAGAACACGGUGGAAACCCUGCAGAGGAUGCACACCACCUUCGAACACGACAUUCAGGCGCUGGGGACACAGGUGCGGCAGCUUCAGGAGGACGCAGUUCGUCUGCAGUCUGCUUACGCUGGAGAUAAAGCUGACGACAUCCAGAAGAGAGAAGGAGAGGUCCUUGAGGCCUGGAAGAACCUGCUGGAGGCGGCGGAGGGCCGCCGGGUGAAGCUGGUCGAUACCGGAGACAAGUUCCGCUUCUUUAGCAUGGUGCGGGACCUGAUGCUGUGGAUGGAGGACGUCAUCCGUCUGAUCGAGGCCCAGGAGAAUCCAAGGGACGUGUCGUCGGUGGAGCUGCUGAUGAACAACCACCAGGGCAUCAAGGCGGAGAUCGACGCCCGCAACGACAGCUUCACAGCCUGCAUCGAGCUGGGCAAAGCCUUGCUGGCCAGGAAGCAUUACGCUUCAGAAGAGAUUAAAGAAAAGUUGUUACAGUUGACGGAUAAGAGGAAAGACAUGAUUGACAAGUGGGAGGACAGAUGGGAGUGGCUUAGACUGGUCCUGGAGGUGCACCAGUUCUCCCGGGACGCAGGUGUGGCCGAGGCGUGGCUGCUGGGUCAGGAGCCCUAUCUGUCCAGCAGGGAGAUCGGCCAGAACGUGGACGAGGUGGAGAAACUCAUCAAACGCCACGAGGCCUUUGAGAAGUCGGCCGCCACCUGGGAGGAACGCUUCUCCGCUCUGGAGAGGUUGACCACGAUGGAGUUGUUGGAAGUGAGAAGAGCGCAAGAGGAAGAAGAGAAGAGGAGACAACCCCCGCCUACUGAGGCUCAGCCCGGCGACGCUGCAGCACAGCAGAGGGAGGGUGAGCUGCUUUCUCAGAACGGGCUGCCGUCCGAUCAGGAGUCUCCCAGGGAAAACGUCGACGGGGCCGAGGUGGUGAACGGGGUGUCGGAGCCCAGCCCCACGGAGUCUCCCGGGGCAUCACGCAAGGGCAAGGCCAGCCAGGCAGCGACCCUGCCGGCCAAAACGCAGCUGGACGCUCCCACGUCCCAGCUGGAGGGCUUCCUGCACCGCAAACACGAGUGGGAGGGGCAUAACAAGAAGGCUUCUAGCAGGUCGUGGCACAAUGUGUACUGUGUGAUCAAUCAGCAGGAGAUGGGUUUCUAUAAGGAUCAGAAGAGCGCCAGUCAGGGGAUUCCCUACCACAGCGAGAUUCCCGUUACCCUGAAGGAUGCCGUCUGCGAGGUGGCGUUGGACUACAAGAAGAAGAAACACGUCUUCAAGCUCAAGAUUACUGAUGGGAAUGAAUAUCUCUUCCAAGCCAAAGAUGACGAGGAGAUGAACACGUGGAUCUCGGCCAUCUCGGCUGCCGUGUCAGGCGACAAAUCGGAGGUCACGCCCAGCAGCCAUAGCACGCCCGCCCCCGCCGCACGCGCUCAGACGCUGCCAGCCUCAGUCGCAACAGCAGCGGCCGAGUCCAGCCCGGGCAAACGAGAGAAAGACAAGGAGAAACGCUUCAGUCUGUUCAGCAAGAAGAAAUAGACGCUCCUCCUUUCCUCCUCCUCCCUCCCUCCUUCCUUCCUCUUCCCCUCGGUGCUGUUUGGGGUCGCUCCUCAUUAUCGAUCGAUCUUUUGUCAAAUAUUUGUUGAAGAUGUCAAUUGACCGAAUUUUCGAUUUAGAGUCAGCUUGUAGCAACCGAUACUGUAACACCAAAAAACUAAUAGAAUACGCGCUCACAAUUAAAUAAAAUUUACUUCUAAAUGGAUUUAAAUGUUAACAAAACUGUUAAUGUUAAUAAAUUACCAGGUAGUGUAAUAAUGAAAUAAAUUAUAGAUCAAUGAGCAAAAACAUACAUCACCAGUUUUUACUAAUAUUUAACUCAUUUAACGACGAGGACGGUUCUUAAGAGCAUCCAGCAGAUACAACAUAAGCAGUUGCUAUGUUAAAUAAAAUCCCAAACAGCCAUUUUCUCCCUUCCUUCUAGACUUUCUUCCUCUUCCUCCUCUUCCUGUCAAAGCGUGACUCCAGCAUGCAAGCUCCGAGCCAAAACUCUCCACUCUGUGCCUAUCAACCGUCCGGUCUGGCUCAGAGCUACAAUAAAGCUACAACACACCACCUGUAUCCUCUGUUCGGUUUUUGUAAGAUACGGAGCGGGAAAAACGAAUAAUAAUAAUAAAAAAAAGAGAUCGGAUUGAAGGAGAAGAAUUUAAAGGGGGUUUGCAAAUGCUUCAGGCAGCUGCUGUUAAAAUAAAAAUAAAAACCAGAGUUUGCCACUGAACAACAACACGAUGUAGAGGAGUUCCCAGAAUAUUCCCGUUUAUUAUUCUUAUUGCUAUAAAUUGUGUUUUCUAUCUCCUACUCUUUUGUUUUUCCUCCUGCUUUUCUCAUCAUCCCAGCUUUUCGUCGACUACUGCCUUUUGUGGGUUUUGUUUACGCUCCCAGGCUGUCUCAGUUUUUUGUUUUGUUUUUGCCGUUUUGGGAAGUUGUAGGUAGUUCCUGUUAGGGUCCAUCUUCAGUUUUUGCGAGGCCUUGUCUUUGCAAGAUGACGUGUAUCCCUCUGUAGUGGGGAAAACUGAGACCACAGCGGGGUAAACCUCUGAAAUUACGCCCUCUCACAUGUUUAUAAUAUUACUUGAAAUGUCUAACCCUAUGGUAAAGUUUAAAAAGUACAGAGUCGUGUUGUGAAAGUGCUAAAUGUAAAACGUUUUAACACGUGUUGAACUUUGAAGAGCAGAAAAAAAACUGCAAUUCAAAGGAAAAACAUAAUCUUAAAAGCAUUUUGUGCACUGAAUAACUCUGCUUUUCUGUCGGUUAAUUUGUGAAACAAACCUGUAAAAAGCAAAUUAUUAUCAUUAUGUUGUGUGAAGUUCUGGUGCUGUGUAUUUCCUGCAGCAGCACGGGAAGAACAGAAACAGAAAGUGGCUGUAAUUUGGAGCGUUACCCUGCGGUGAUUUGAACUGUAUGUAUAACUUGUGUAUAACAAACUGUUAAAAAAAAUAAACCUGUGUUUUAAUUUCACCUAUUAUUAUUAUUAUUGUUACUACUAAUAAGACCUACCAACCGUAAUAAGCUUCAUUUGAGUAUAACUUUCUUUACCUGAAAAUCUAACGAUAUGCACACAAAUCUGAAUGAAGGAGCUAUCAAAGUCAGCGCAAGCCAACUCGAUGGGGACAUAAAUAUCUAAGACCAGUAAGAAUCUUUGUUUACUCAAACUUUAAAGCAUCCAGUAAGUUUUAUUUUCUACUUGCUUUACGUUUUUUGAAACAUUUACUUAUGCCCUUAGUUACUUGGAAUGUGUUUUUGUUUCCUCCAGUGUGUAUUUUCUGUUCCACAGUUAAGCUAUGUCUAAGGUUUAUUUAGUCUGACAAGUAUGAAGGCAUAGAUAGUGCUAUAAAAACAUAAUUACUUUAAGCAUUGCUGUUAAGUGGACAAGUUGGUUCUAAAAAGCAUUUACUGGAAGUGAGUAAUGUUGCAGAAUAAUAGUCGCUUGCUUGUUGGCUUCAGCACACUUUUUAUUUUAUUUUUUUUUCAGACUUUUGCUUGCAGUGAAAUCUGUUCGGUUACUUGUCCUCUAUGGGAGUUCUUUAAUGACAAAAUUGAAAGAUAUUUGCUCUGUAAUCAAUCUGAGUCAAGAUUUGAGAGCGAACAGAAACAGAUGUGUGAGCGUGCUCAUUUUUUAAAGGUAGAAUUGUGACCUUUUUGUCAAGUUUUCACACCUCCAGUAUGUGAACAGCCUUCCUGUCGCAUGUUAUCUUUAAAUGUGCGUGCUUCAGUUUUGUAGUAGUUUUUUUACCUUGUGUGCCAAAAUUUCACUCCUCACUUCUGUUAUUUGACGCAAUAGCACUUCCCAACAGCCUGAUGAGGGUGUAUUCUAUGGAAGCCUGUUUCCACAUUUUGCAAAAUAUGCCAAAAACAGCUGUCAGAAAAGGUGAGUUUCGAUUUCAAACUAACCACAAAUCCAAACUUUUCUCUUAGAACCUGCUCUAUUGAAGCUUGAAUUGUUUUUUGAGCUCACUUGUACUUUUGUCAUUAAUUAACUUGCCAGGAAAUCCCAAAGUGGAACAGGUGGGUGUGUUUGUUUCCCCCCACUUGGUGGUGGGGUUGGUUGGGUCGGGCUCUGGCUCUCUCAAGUAACUGAAUAACUUUUCACCUGGUGAUUGGUCCUGAAAUGGUUCCUGUUUUGUUUCUUCUUCUUUUUUUUCUUUUCUUUUUGCUACAUUCUCUGGCAGUUUGAUAAAUAUAGUGUGCAUUCCUGUCACUGUAACCAUAGUACUGAGAUAUUUCUUCAUAUUGCACAAUCAAUAAUGCCACGAUGGGGGUGGGCGGGGCCAAGGUUCUUAGGUGAGGUAGUCAGUGUGAUGUGGACCAGGGGUCACUGCUAGUUGGAUCUGCACCCGUAGACUUCUCCCCAUCUCUGUUACAUAUGUGCAAAAAGCCAUUAAAAUGCUUUUAAAAUGAA